ACUGCAGCGAUGAGUUGAGCAGGGCGCGCUACAGUGCUGCACUACAAACUUCACUUUCAAUGGCUGAUAAACACUAAUGUCAGUUAAAAUUACAGCACCACAGUGAGGGAAGUUCUCUCGGGCGCUUAGCUGGAGCUCAGAUAAGUUGUCCUUCAGCAUGUCAUUAGUUUAAGACAAUUAACGAGAUGUUUUAGGGCAAUGGAGAGUGAGCAGUCAGAAACAUUUGGAGGUGGCGGCGGAGACAAUUCAUCAGGCUCCGACACGCUGUCAGAAGGCGAGACGCGAACCGAGCCGUAUGAACCCGAAUUGCAAUUUGAGGAAUUUAAAUGUCACUCCUCAGAUUUUGUGGGUCUUGACGGAAAAGUGAAAGGAAAUGAUUCUGAUGAAUGCAGCGACGACAUAAAAGCAAGAAAUGGGGAUGACCAAGAUGAAGGAGAAAAUGAAGGGGACGAGGAUGAAAUGCCGGAUAACAUCCUCUACCCCCCCUCCAUGCCCUUCCGCAAGUCCAGCAACCCUGAGGUUUCUCACGGCUCCAGUUUAGCGCUGAAAUUUAAACGACAACUCAGUGAAGAUGGGAAACAGCUACGGAGAGGAAGCCUAGGGGGUGCUCUUACAGGGAAGUACCUGCUGCCAUAUGCCUCAACCCAGCAGGCAUGGUCAGCCACAGGCUCAGAGACCACCAACCUGGUUCGCAUGCGCUCCCAGACCCUAGGCAAAUCUGCACCCUCUCUCACUGCCAGCCUGAAAGAGCUCAGCCUUCCCAGACGAGGAAGCCUCUGCAGAACAAGCAACAGAAAAAGUCUAAUAGGGAGUGGACAGUCAUCAGCCCUUCCUCGACCUCACUCACCUCUGUCAUCACACACAGGCACCAGUCCACAAGACAGCCCUAGAAACUUCUCCCCCAGUGCUUCAGCUCAUUUCUCCUUCACACGCAGUCAUGGACUAAGAGCAGACAGAACUGACGGGCGACGCUGGUCCUUGGCAUCCCUUCCCUCCUCUGGCUAUGGAACAAACACACCCAGCUCCACUGUUUCUUCGUCCUGUUCAUCACAGGAGAAGCUCCAUCAGCUGCCUUUCCAGCCCACACCAGACGAGCUCCACUUCCUGUCCAAGCAUUUCUACACAGAGAGCAUCACUGGAGACGACCGCAGAAGAGCCACACCUAUGCGGCCACGCUCCCGCAGUCUCAGUCCUGGAAGAUCCCCAUCAUGCUGUGACCAUGAGAUUAUCAUGAUGAAUCAUGUGUACAAAGAAAGAUUUCCCAAGGCCACAGCUCAGAUGGAGGAGCGCAUCAAGGAGAUCAUUCAAAGCAACUCCCCUGAGAACGUCUUGCCUCUGGCUGAUGGCGUCCUCAGCUUCGCCCACCACCAGAUCAUUGAGCUGGCCAGAGACUGCCUGGAAAAGUCCCGUCUUGGUCUCAUUACCUCACGAUACUUCUGUGAGCUCACAGAUAAACUGGAAAGGCUCUUUCAGGAGUCGACUGAGCGAUCAGAGAGUGCAGAGGUGACCUUCAUCAAGGAGCUGGUAAAGAAGAUUCUCAUCGUCAUUGCCAGGCCUGCGCGGCUCCUUGAAUGUCUGGAGUUUGACCCUGAAGAGUUCUAUCAUCUCCUGGAGGCAGCCGAGGGUCAUGCCAAAGAGGGCCAAGGCAUCAAGACCGACAUCCCACGAUACAUUAUCAGCCAGCUUGGUCUGACAAGGGACCCACUUGAGGAAAUUGCCCAGUUAACUAGCUACGACAGUGGGAUUGCAGAAACUCCUGAGACGGAUGAGUCUGUCAGUUCCCACAGUUUGAGCGCAGCACUACGGUCCCGGCGCAAACCAUGUGAGCUCGACUUUGAGAUGAUCAAACUGAUCAGUAAUGGGGCUUAUGGUGCGGUGUAUUUAGUGAGACACAAAGAGACAAAACAACGCUUUGCCAUGAAGAAGAUCAACAAGCAGAACCUGAUGCUGAGGAACCAGAUCCAGCAGGCCUUUGUGGAGAGAGACAUCCUGACUUUUGCUGAAAACCCUUUUGUGGUCAGCAUGUACUGCUCCUUUGAGACUCGCAGACAUCUAUGCAUGGUUAUGGAGUAUGUUGAAGGAGGGGAUUGUGCUACGUUGCUUAAGAACAUGGGUCCUCUCCCUGUGGACAUGGCCAGAAUGUACUUUGCCGAGACUGUGUUAGCCCUGGAAUAUCUCCACAACUAUGGAAUCGUCCAUCGAGAUCUCAAACCAGACAAUUUGUUGGUCACUUCAAUGGGACACAUCAAGCUGACAGACUUUGGCCUAUCAAAAGUUGGUCUGAUGAACAUGACCACUAACCUCUAUGAGGGUCACAUCGAGAAGGAUGCUAGAGAGUUCUCUGAUAAACAGGUGUGUGGGACUCCUGAAUACAUUGCUCCAGAAGUGAUCCUGAGGCAAGGCUAUGGGAAGCCUGUGGAUUGGUGGGCAAUGGGCAUCAUCCUCUAUGAGUUUCUAGUGGGCUGUGUACCAUUCUUUGGAGACACUCCAGAAGAGCUGUUCGGCCAGGUCAUCAGCGAUGAAAUAAACUGGCCGGAGGGAGAGGAAGCUCCACCAGCUGAUGCUCAGGAGCUGAUCACCCUACUGCUCAGACAGAACCCUCUGGAGCGCCUCGGCACUGCAGGUGGGGCAUAUGAGGUCAAGCACCACCAGUUCUUUCACAGUCUGGACUGGAACAGCCUGCUGAGGCAGAAGGCAGAGUUCAUCCCCCAGCUGGAGUCUGAGGAUGACACUAGCUACUUUGACACACGAUCUGAUAGGUACCAUCACUUAGAAACUGAGGAGGAGGAGGAUACCAAUGAUGAAGAUUUCAAUGUGGAACUGCGGCAGUUUUCUUCAUCCUCACACCGAUUCUCCAAAGUGUACAGUAGUCUGGAUCUGUCUCGAGGACAGCUGGAGGAGAAAGGAGAACAGACAGAGAAGACAACAGACAGUCCUCUCACUGUUGACUCACUGAGCUGGACUCCAGACUUCGCUGAGAUUCCCUCUCUCUCUCAUUCUUCUGACACUGAGAGCACCAGCUUAAGCAGAUGCUCUGGUCUUCUCCCUAAGUUUGCUAUCUCAGCAGAAGUGGAGGAUGGUGAGGGCUCCCUGUCUCUGGAAGACCCCAGUAAAGUGACCUUCAGUAUUGGGGAGUUGCCUCAGGAUGAGCCUGAUCCCUCCACACCCUGUAGCACCAUCAGUAACUCCACCCUCUCAGGCAGUUUCUCCGAGCACCUAGAUCAGGUGCCAUCACGGGGAGAUGGAGGGGAAAGUCUGGAUAGCUCCUGUAAGCCCUCCUCAGACACAGGCUCUUUCCUGACUGCUCCUAAACCUGAGGCCAUGGACAAACAGUGUGCAGUCAGUAAAGUGCCAAAAUCAGUAUCUACCAGUGCCCUGUCACUCAUGAUUCCUGGAGAUGUUUUUGGUGUGUCACCCUUAGCAAGCCCUAUUUCUCCAUACUCACUGUCAUCAGACCCAUCCUCUAGAGACUCCUCCCCCAGCCGAGAUUCCUCACUUAGCGGUGUCAGUAGUCGUCAGCCAAUCAUCAUCCACAGCUCAGGGAAGAAGUUUGGCUUCACUCUAAGAGCGAUUCGGGUCUAUGCCUGUGACAGUGAUGUUUAUACGGUUUAUCACAUGGUCUGGAAUGUUGAGGAUGGUGGUCCUGCUCACAAGGCUGGUCUUAAGGCUGGAGACCUGAUCACUCAUGUGAACGGUGAAACGGUUCACGGGCUGCUUCACACUGAGGUGGUGGAACUACUGCUGAAGAGCGGAAGUAAAGUUGCUAUAUCCACUACCCCUUUUGAAAACACUUCUAUCAAAACUGGUCCAGCUCGAAGAAAUAGUUACAGAAGCAAAAUGGUGAGAAGAACCAAGAAACCCAAGAAAGAGAAAACACAAGAAAGUCACGCUUUUUUCCUCUCCAGGCGGCGUUCGGUAUUCAAACGCUUUGCCAUGCAGCCCUCUCCACUUUUACACACCAGUCGCAGUUUCUCCUCGCUGAACCGCUCUCUGUCUUCAGGAGAGAGUCUGCCUGGAUCUCCCACACACAGCCUCUCACCACGCUCCCCCACAGCUGCCUUCCGCCCAACACCUGACUUCAGCCAGUCAGGUGGAACUUCAUCACAGAGUAGCUCCCCCAGUUCCAGUGCACCUAACUCACCUGCAGGCUCUGGCCACAUCCGACCCAGCACUCUGCAUGGCCUGGGUCCCAAACUACCUGGACGGCUCCGUCAGGGCCGACGUAAAUCAGCAGGGAGCAUUCCCCUCUCACCAUUAGCUCGCACACCCUCCCCUACUCCUCAGCCUCAGCCAACUUCUCCUCAGCGCUCCCCAUCUCCCUUGCUGACUCACACUGUUGGAAGCUCCAAAACUUCUCAGGCCUUCCCUACCAAAAUGCACUCACCCCCCACUAUUGUACGCCAUAUGGUGCGACCAAAAAGCGCAGAACCUCCUCGGUCCCCACUCCUGAAGCGAGUCCAAUCUGAGGAGAAGCUCUCCCCUUCUUACGCUGGUGACAAAAAACAUUUAUGCACCCGAAAGCACAGUUUGGAGGUCACCCAAGAGGAGUCUCAGGGGGAGACCUCAUCUGGAGGGGAGUAUACUCCACCAUGCAUAGAAGAAAGCACUCCUUGUGAGCCACCCACCAUUACUCGGGUGAGGCCUGCUGAGCAGGGUUGCCUAAAGCGGGCUGUCACUCGCAAAGUUGGCCGACAGGAGUCGGUAGAGGAGCUAGAUAGGGAGAAGCUGAAAGCCAAAGUGGUUGUGAAGAGGCAGGACUGGGCUGAGAGACGGGAGUCUAUGCAAAAACAAGACACCAUGCAAGAUGUGGAAGGUGCUGCUGCUGCUGAGGAAAAGGAGUGGGGUGUCCUAACACGUCCCAGUGCAAGAACCCAGGUUUCCGAAUCUGGAUCCUUGGACAAGUCUACAAAUGCUACUUUAAAGGAUGUCCUCUACAAAAAACUAAACCCAAGAGUCUGUGAGAGCAUAGCAGAGUCUGUCACCACUGGGGACUGUGUAUCACUUUUAAGUGAGAAUGUGAGGUCACCUUCAUGUCAAUCAGAGCGACAAAUGUCUUGGUCAAUGAAGGAAGGUAAUAAACCAGAGAGGUUAGAUUUCAAAGCCUCCAACAUGGAGUUUGCCAGGAAGAGGCAGUCCUUUGAGGAGAGGGAGGACUCCUUGUGCCGAAUAUCCUCUGGUGUUCAUGAAAGCAUUCAUUUCAGCACCACCAGGUCCAAAAGUCUUCAGCUGGAUUCUGCCUUGGCUUUAGAACAUGUUAAAGGGGGCAUGUGCAACAUCCAUGGCACUUCUGAAACUUUGGCCCCUAAGCUUUUUAGUGGGAGAGGAGAGAGUGCAGUAGAAAAACUUCAGAUGAUUGCUUCUGAUGGCCCUAUCAGGAAGACCUCCUCUGAGUACAAAUUGGAGGGGCGGCUUGUUUCCUCUUUAAAGCCACUAGAGGGCACCUUGGACAUUGGUCUGCUUUCUGGACCUCGUGUAUCCAAGACUGACACAUGUCUUUCCAAAAUGGCAGAAAGCCACGGUGAAAGUGCUAUAUUAGCAGAGGAUCUAUGUGUAAAACAGCCAAUUCAACAGAAAACCACAGAAAAACAGAAAGGUCCACAGGCAGGGAUGACUGGGACACUUAACCAUAAAGACAAUGUGUAUUUGAGCAGUAAAACCAUUACAAAAGAAGAGCCCAUUUCCAAAAAGGACUCUACAAUAAAUCCAGCUUGCAAUGAGGCCCUGCACGAUAGAAAUAAAAAUAAUGAUGGCAUGAAGUUACAGAUUACAACCAGUAAACUAGAGUCCAUAGACACAAGUGUGAAAUCUGAGAGUAGGCUAAAGACAGCUCAGGAGAUGAGGGCUGCACGACAUAGCGCUCACUUUGCAUGUGGAAAAACGCCCUCCAUCAGGGAAGUCAGCAAUGAAGACCAGGAAGACGACAUGGAAAAUGUAGAGGAGAUAUCUCCAAAGCAGAUACAACAGAUACAACCAGUCCUUACUAAAGUCAAUGAACCUGACAAGUCCAUAGUGUCUUCUGCUGUUAUUGCCCAACUCAACUUUGUCCAGCAAACCCAAGAAGCAAAUUCUGGCAAAAAUAAUAGUAGGCUGAGUGAGACACUGACCAGUUUUCCCAGUUCAGCAUUGUCUACUGAGAAGGAUAGCAUAAAUAAAGACAAACCAGCCAAUGCAUACACCUCAGUGAUAAAGCCGAUACAGUCAUCGAAAGAUGUUGACAACGCAGUCGCGACAUCAAGCCCAACCUUGGCUGCAACUAAGACUCUGAUAGAUAGAAAGAAUAGGGCUGGUAGCACCAAAGACUUUUCUGACCUCAAUCCAGAGCGUCUUCAAGAUUUGAAGGAAAGCAAAUCAUCUACCAGAGUAAAAAGUUCAGACAAAAAUGUAGAGUCUGCAGUCGGAGACAGAACUGAUUGUACCUCAGCCGCUGACUCAGGGCAGGCUAAACCAGAGAUCAAAGAAACAGCACCCACCCCAUGUCUAUCUUUAGCUUCUUCAGUCACAACAUCCAUUGUGUCUUCUGUCUCAGCACUAGCAGAUGCCCCUAUUAUUAAAAGCUCAUUGUCUCCCAAGCCUACCCUUCAAGGAAAAGUCACUCCAUCCACCAUUUCUGCCCCACUGAAGACCAUGCCUGCUACUGAUUCAAAAUCCCAGGCCUCUACAAGCACCACUCCACAAUUUUCUGGGUUGGCUGAAGUAAAAAUGACCACCAUCCAACCUCCACAGUCUGAUCAGACAUGUGCCAAAAUUUCAAGCUCUGUUGGCUUGGCAAAUGGACAGACAGCAAGUAUUUCAGCUCAACUCUCAAACAAACAAAUCUCAGACAGAACACAAAAUUCCAAUGUGUCAAGUGGUAGCAGAGAAUUCAUUGUGCAAGCCCAUCAAUCUCAACUGGCCUUAAACAAAAAUCAACAAGCAGAAAAGGUAAAUCCGGUGGAGGCAAGUAGCCAAUUAAAUUUAAUGGUAAAGGAUCUUAAAACCCUGCCAGCAUGUGGAGACAAAAUGGACUCGAGAGAUAAAAUAGCCCCUAAAAAGGACUUCAAAUGCAGUGUGGCUGAAAAGAUUGCCUGUGCCCCUAACCCUAACUCUUCAGGCAAAGCUGAAGUUUCAAAAAACUGUGAAAAGCAAGAAGCCAUCUUCAGAAGCCAAGUAAACAUGAAUAUCACAUCAAAGGACACAGGUGCAAGCUCACCAAAGACUAGAAGUUGUGACACUUCAACAAAAGACACUGUGCAUGUGCAAUCCACAAUGAAAACAGAGGAAAAGCAGAAAUUCAAGAGUGUUUCUGACAUAAACACCCAGAAGGCUAUGGACACGUCCAUGACAGGGACAAGUCCAGCACAGACUGCAAUAAAGCAGACGCAACAGUCUAGUGCCAUAUUGAAACAAACACCUUUGAGUUCUAAAAACAAGCCCAGAGUAGACUCUCCACUUGUUACGCAAUCAAUUGGGAAGGCUGUUGAAGAUAAGGGAAAGCAGGAAAACAGAGCACAGUUACAGCCCAUUGUCAAGGACAACAUAGUAAAUCCAAAGGAGCUAAGAGAGUCAGUCUUGUCUACGACUAAAUCCCAGCCUCAGAAAGAGACCCGCGCUGCUUCUCAAGGUGAGUCUGUGCCAGUGUUGCCAGUACCAGCUGUUAAAAUCCAUGUAUCUAGUGGGCUUCCUCCUGGUAAGGGCAAUGCUGCUGUAGUUGAAACACUUGGACUUUCCUCAAAGGAACCAGUAAAGUCCAGAAUUGACGUUCCAAGACCAGAGUCUCUCAAGGGCUCCAGCACAAGUGAUCCUGUAGGGACGACUACAACUACUAUAUCCAGUCCUGACCCUAAACAUGUCACCAGUGAGUCAAAGGUGUCUGACAAACCGAUUUCAUCCAACCGAAAAGAGCAAGUAGAAAAGAAGAGAAAGGAACCCACUCAAGAUGCAUCGCCAGCACCCAAAAAUAACCGUAAAGACUCAUCAAGAGGCAUGCCUUUGGCAAAGGAUAAUACUACUUUUGAAAAAGAUUCAGUCCGUUCUAAACAAACAAAGGAUCCGCCACGUGGUUCAACUUGUAAAAAGUGAUGUAUUGUAUUGUAGUUGCCAAGCGUAUAAUAUUUUAAAAGGACUAAGGAUGUAAACUUCAUUUUUGUCUAUAUGUAAUAUCUUUAAGCCUUCCUAUCUAAGGACCGGUAAAGCUGUUACUUUGGGUUUUCAUGAGAAACCAGAGAAAUGAAUUUGUUUGUUUGUGUUGUGAUCUAUAAAGCUUUGUUAAUAUUAUGUCAAAAAAAAAAAAGUGUAGUCUGAAUGUUGACAUGUUUUGCUGCUGAUUUGUGGUCACGUUUUAGAUCUUGCAAAAGCGCCAAAAGUAGACAUUGUAUUGUGUUGCGGUGUGAUGUAACAAGUGGCGUGUGCAAUAACUGUGGAGACAGAGUGUAGAUGCCUUUUUUAAGGCUUAAAUGAACUGUGCCAAUCCUGGAGUAUAAUUAUACCAAACAAAAAGCACCUCAAAUUUAGAACUGAAGGUGCAUGUUAACUGACUGUGUUAGAAAGAAAAAAAAAGAAAAAAAAAGGCUUCACGCUCAUUCAAGCUAGCGUUAUCAUGCAUUUUAUUGGUUUUUGAUGUAUUUAAAAACCACUAGGAAAGUAUAUGUAGCAAUGGUGCUAUUAAUAUGGCUUACACUCUGCAAGUAGAACAGAUCACUACAAUUUCUUUUCUAUUUUUUGUGUGAACUUUUUUUUUUUUUGUUUUGUGUUUUGUUUUUGACCUUAUCAGCAAAGUUUUGUUUUGGGUAGUGGUGCACAGAGGGAAUGCACUUUGUCCUGUGCUUCUCACCUGGAACUAUUUUAUAUUGGAAUCAUCUUAUGGUUCUGGAAUCGUAGUGGAAGGGGCCUUAGAGUUUUUUGGGGGAAUAUGACUUGCUGUUCUUAGCAGGUCAUGGCGAAAUUCACAUUCCUUUCCCAUGCAUUUCUACAGAUUAAUUUUUAUGCAAUAUAUUGUAAAUACAGCAGCAUUAAUUGUACAGAGGGGUUAGUUGAAAAUGAGUGUUGUAUGUUUUAUAUGUAUAUAUUUUGCUAUGUCAUAUGUUUGUAUACUGUACUCAAUGUUAGUCGCUAGUGAUGUCAUCUGCUCAGUAAUUGCGCUGAUAUAGAGUCUAAACUAGCAGAAUAAUCAUAGUCUAACUCUGAAAUAAAGUGUACUUGAAGUUUCACUGAGGUAUGUAGGGGUUAACCACAUGCAUUUUGAGAUAUGUAUUUUAAGUGACGCAGCAGAGUUGUUUUCUGAAUGUUCGUACUUGAUGCCGCUUGAAAUCAUGCAUUUACAUUAAAACAGGGACAAAGCAGAUGUAGAACGUUAUAUAAAAGGCAAGUUUCAGAAACUAAAGGAUUACCCCAUGAUUAAGGUUUGUCACUAUGUAGAUUAUAUACAAUGUUUUUGAAAAACAGAAAUAUGUCAAGCUUUUAGGGCUAACAUUUCCCAUUUGGUGUACAAGAACACGAUGUACUUCCCCUGGUUUGGUUAAAAGGGCUUAUACAAGGAUAAUCAAAUGUGCUUUAGCAACAUGGCAUUAUGGUAUGUCAGGGCUUGUGGUAAAAGUCAGGAGUUUCAGAGCAUGCUCGUUCUUCAUGUCCAAUCAGUUUCUAACACAUUCAUAUGCAAAGUACGACACUUAAAAAUGGGAAUUGUGUAAUACUUUACUAAAUGCAUUUGUGCUAUUAACAUCUCUAGUCAUGCAGUAGGACUGAUAAGUGCUUUUCCUGCACUUUUUACCUUCGAGACCUUUCAAAGCUCUUUUUCCUUUUUCCUCGUUCCCAAACGUUUAAAAGCAUAUUUGUCAUUAGUUACGCUUGAUUUGAUCUUUAGGCAGUUGCAUAGUGACCACUGAAGGUUAGCAUCAGAACAGAGGAGUGGGUGAAUCGUUAUGUCUUUUGAUAUUUGAUCUUAACUUUAAACCUGCUAUAGCUCUACUGGUAUGUAUACAUCACGUACCAACUUAAAGCAAAACAACUGUAUAUUUAGGUCCAUUUCAGUAUACUUAUCUAGGCUAUAAUACAGUAUGAUAUUGAAGUAUUCACAAUUAAUGUUUUAUGUAAACAGAGCAUAUAUAUAUAUAUAUAUAUAUAUAUAUAUGAGCUGGACACACACAUGUGCAUAAUUACCUAAAUAACAGAAUACACCAUGUAAAGAGGCUAAUAAAUUAGCCGAUUCGAAGUUGAUUGUAGAGAUUUUAAACCAUAUUAGCACACUGUAGUUUCUGUUCUUUAUAGACUUUACAAAUGUAGUGUAGGAGGUCUGAAGAGAUAUAAGGCACCUUAAGAUUAAAAACACAACACUUAUUGGGAUUUUGAGGCUAACAUAAUAUUAACUUUAAUGAUAAUGAUAAAAUGUGAAUGUUUUAUAGGACACAUAUGCAUUGUCUGUUCUCAAAUAUCAAUAAUAUUGCCAUGAAUUAAACCCAGACAUUUAUUUUGUUUAUUUCUUUUUUUUACCCCCCUUCCUUUUCUGACAAUUAAUGUUUGAAUCCUUAAAGAAGCACAUUAAAUGCUUGUUUACAACCUCUUCAUGGAUGUAUAUUUUGUACAUUUGUGUUAUUUGCCAAAUUAAUGUGCUACGUCACAGACAGUUAUGCUGUGAUCGCCGUGCGUGUGUGAGUUCCUCUUAGCGGACACUUGCUGUUGAAGACCGUCGGUGUGGUAGCCUAAUUGUUUGUUGUCUUUCCAGUUCAGUAUGUUCUUGCUUGUUUCCUGGGGUUUUCUUUCCUCUCUCUAUGUGUGAAAACAGUGUUUAUGUAGAUGACUCUGCUUAUCAUUGUCUUUUAGGAUCUGUGCAAUAAAAGAUGUGGUUUUGAGUUUUGUACAUCACCCACAGAAAGCUCUAUGGAUGUCAUAGAUGUUGUAUACUAUAGAAAUAUUUAUACUUCUAAAGUUGUAUAAUACUGAAAAUAAAAAGGCAUGUCAAAAUUA